AUGGAGGAACAUAUACACCUGAUCAGCGAAAUAGUCGAUGAAAAGUUGAAAUCUUCUUUAACUGAACAUAAGAAUGCAAUGCUUCAUGACCUGGAACGCAUUGUAGAAAAGAUAAGUUCAAAAACUAAUGUUACUCAGUUAACUCAAAUUUCGAACAUUGUAUCAGGUAUACCAUCUUUUAAACGAAAAUCAAGUGAAGAGCAAUUUAAGCAUAAUGCGAAAGUAAAUUUGGCAUUAGAGGAAGUAGAAAGUUCGUUGUCGAAUAGAAAUAUUGAAGAAACGCGAAACAAAAUCGCGGAAGUCAAAGCUUUUGUGGCUCACCGACAGAAGCUAAUACGUUUAGCUGACGAAUCAGAGUUGGGGUGGAGGUUCGUAAGCGAAUACGAGUCUAACCCGCUGGCAUCUGACUCCGAAGACGAAAAGAGGAUGUACAGGGCAGAGGCGCGGGCAAACAAGAAGUUAAAAGCGGAAAAUUCGAAAAAAUCACGAGGCGCGCGCAACGGGCCGUACCGGAAGCCGAUGGUUGCACAAAACAAUGCAACCCAGGGGAUGUCGAUGAGACAGCCGAUGAGACGCCCAGGGCUGUGUUUCGCUUGUGGCAAGCCGGGGCAUUGGAAAGGGGCAGCUGAAUGUCCAGCAAGCAGCUCUAACAAUAAGAUAAGUAGUUUUAUGUUUGGGACACCGCUUUCCAUAAAAUGGGUAGUUCCUAUUCCGUCGGAAAAAGGUAUCGUACUUAAACAUGUAAACACAGAAAUUGAUCUAAAGGAUCCUAUUAUAGAGAUUGAUACCGGAAGUUCUCCGGUUUGUAGACUGAAGGCACACGUGGCCAAGUGGCAAGAGGCUACUGAUAGUAAGUAUAUUUUAGAUGUAGUAAGUGGUGGGUACAAGCUUCCAUUUAUAACUGUACACGAACAUUCUCAGAUGAAAAAUAAUUACUCAGCGAGAGUAAAUUCCGUAUUUGUAGAAAGCGAAAUAAAAGCUUUAUUAGACAGAGGUAUUGUUUCAAGAUGUAACGAGAUUCCACAUAUUGUUAAUCCGCUUAGAGUAGCAUUUAAUAAGAAAGGGAAGCCACCAUUAGUUCUAGAUUGUAGGUAUAUUAAUCCACACUUGCACCAGUUUAAAGUAAAAUUUGAAGACAUUAAAGUUGCUGAAACUUUGUUUGAGAAAAAUUCCUUUUUAUUUGCUUUCGAUAUUAAAGGAGCAUAUCAUCACAUUGAUAUAUUCAUGGAACAUAGAAAAUAUUUAGGUUUUAGCUAUCAAGACAAUAGCAAACAGUGUUAUUAUGUGUUUAACUCGCUUCCAUUCGGCAUAAAAACAGCCGGUCAUAUAUUUACUAAACUGCUUAGAGUUGUAGUAGCAUUACUUAGAUCAAAAGGACUUAAAAUAGUUAUGUUUUGGAUGAUGGUAUUAGCGGAAAUGUAGCAUAUGAGAGAGCAUUGUGUGCCAGUGAAUUAACGAGAAAUACCCUGGUAGAUUUGGGGUUUUUAUUAGCCGAAGAUAAAUGUAAUUGGAUUCCUUCUCAGAGAGUAGAAUGGCUAGGGCAUGUGCUCGAUAUGCAUACAAAUCGGUUGUUCAUUACUGAAAACAGAGUGGCUAGACUAGAAAAGAGUAUUGAUUCGAUGAUCUAUCAAAUUCAUCAAACGAGAGAAAAAACAGUGCCAGUAAGAUUCGUAGCUAGCAUUGUAGGGCAGAUAAUUUCACUUCAGAGUGUUGUUGGAAAUAAAGUUAGGUUGUUAACAAGACAUUUAUUCAAUUGCAUAAAUACCAGAGCUAGUUGGAGAGCUCCCAUUAUUGUGACAGAGCAAGCUAUUUCCGAACUUACGUUCUGGAAAGAAAACGCUAGGAAAUUAAACAGCAGUGGAAAAUAUUUCAAACACAAUCAAGUGUGUUUGUUUAAUAUAUUUGCUGAUGCAAGUAGCACAGGUUAUGGAGGUUUUAUAGAAAGUUGUAGCUUUCAGGUAGAUAGACAAAAUGAUAGUCAAGUCUACGACUUUCAUGGAAAUAAACGAGAAAAUUUGAGCAAUUUGAUGUAAUCACUUGACGAACAGAGUAAAGGUAUGUACUCACGGUCUCUGAGUCCUGAAGAUGAGACAACAAAUUGUGUUGUAACAUUACGUAAAGACACGUAUCCACCGGAAGUUGGUUAUCAAGAUAAAACUUUGCAUACGGAUAUAAAAGGUAUGUUAUCGCUCCCGGAAGUGAGCAGAAAGAGUAUGCUAUUGUCCCCAGAAGUGGACAUGGAGCCUAGUAGAUUGCUCCCGGAAGUGAGCAGAGAGCGUAUGCUAUGGUCCCCGGAAGUGGACAUAGAGCCUAGUAGAUUGCUCCCGGAAGUGAGCAGAGAGCGUAUGCUAUGGUCCCCGGAAGUGGACAUAGAGCCUAGUAGAUUGCUCCCGGAAGUGAGCAGAGAGCGUAUGCUAUGGUCCCCGGAAGUGGACAUAGAGCCUAGUAGACUGCUCCCGGAAGUGAGCAGAGAGCGUAUGCUAUGGUCCCCGGAAGUGAACAUAGAGCCUAGUAGAUUGCUCCCGGAAGUGAGCAGAAAUGGUAUGUUAUUAUCCCCGGAAGUGGACACAGAUUCAGUAAGAUGCCUCCCGGAAGUGAGCAAAAAAGGUAUGAUUUGGUCCCCGGAAGUGGACAAAGAUCGCAAUACAUGGCUCCCGCAAAGGAGCCAUAGCGAAUAUGGUAAGCCCGUAGAAGAGGACGGUAAAGAUAAUAGACGGUUGUCAGAGAUGGUUUGUAGAGUAUAUGGUAAAACCACAGAUGACGAGAUUUAUCCUUUUUGUAUAAAGGUUGAUGAUAAUGCGGUUAAAGAUGUAGAAGUAAUUGGCAUUUGGUCUGAUAUAGAAAAAUCACGCAGCUCCACUUGGCGGGAAGCGGAAGCAGUUAACAGAAUUGUUAAAACUUUUGGAAAUACUUUACAAAAUUCGUACAUAAAAGUGUAUUCAGACAAUAAAAAUGUAAAAUCUAUAUUACUGAAUGGUAGUCGAAAAAUAGAUAUCCAUGACAUAGCUUUAUAUUUAAAUAUGUUUUGUGAUCAAAAUAAGAUAUCAUUAUGUCCGGAAUGGAUUCCAAGAGCAGAUAAUGAAAAGAGCGACUAUUUAAGUCGAUGUUUCGAUUCAGACGACUGGCAGAUAAAUAAAUGUUAUUUUAUAGCAUUAGAUAACAUAUGGGGUAAACAUUCAGUUGACAGAUUUGCAUCGCAUGCAAACAAUAAAUGCAGAAGGUUUAAUUCCCGAUGGUGGGUUCCAGGAACAGAGGCAGUAGAUGCCUUAGUUCAAUAUUGGGGAAACUAUGUAAAUUGGUUAGUUCCACCACCUAGGUUGGUUCCGAACUGUAUCGAUAAGAUGAUAUCGGAGAAAGCAAAAUGCACCCUUGUUGUCCCAAAAUGGGUCAGUUCGCCUUAUUGGCCAAUGCUUAUUUCGUCCGACGGCAUAUUUAGAUAUUUUGUAAAAGAUUGUAACAUUAUUGGAAGAGAUUGUGCGAUUCCUGGGAAGGGAAAUAACGGUUGUUUUGGCAAAACUAGGUUAUCAUUUGAUAUGAUAGCAUUAAGAUGCAUACCAUAAUUCAUGUAUUGAUGCAUAUAUCACAUAUGUUUGACAGGUAUUGGUUUGAGAGGAACUCUGACUUAGCGAUUAGAGGACGCAGGUUUGCAUGGGCAACACAGAGACGAAAUGGCGGACAGAAUGGCUGGAUAUUUGAUGCAGUCAAGAGCAGACAAUACGGUGAAGAAAUAUAAUUCUUCUUUUGAACAUUUCAAAACUUACUGCGAAGACAAUUCAUUAGUCGCCAUGCCAGCCUUACCCAUAUCAGUGGCAAUGUACAUGACUCAAUUAAUGGAUCACGGAAAAUCUAACAACGUUGUUUCAUCUGUGUUCUACAGUAUAAAAUGGGUUCAUUCUAUAAAUGGUGUAAAUGAUCCAACAGAAAAUAACAUUGUUAAGCAAUUAUUAGAAGCUUCAAAACGUGUGUGUUCAAAACCUGUUCACAAGAAAGAUGUACUUUCAUCAGAAAUGAUACAAACAUCAUGUUUGAUGUAUAAAGAUUCUACUGAUGUCAUUGAUGUUAGAGAUUUAUCUAUGAUCAUUUUAGGAUAUGCUGGUUUCAUGCGUAUGAAUGAAAUAAGUGAGCUUCGUUGUAAUGACGUACAAUGCAAAGCAGAUCAUUUUGUUAUUAAUGUGCACCAUAGCAAAACUGACAUUUAUAGGAAUGGUUCAGAGAUUAUUAUUGCAAAAGGCACGACUUCAGCUUGCCCAUAUGGUAUUUUAACAAAAUAUAUGUCAUUAGCAAACUUGUCUAAUGAAUCAAAUGAGUAUUUAUUUAAACCAGCUUUUCGUUCUAAAGCUGUAUCUUCCUUAAUUAAGAAAGAUAAAAAAUUAAGUUACACUAGAGCAAGAGAAUGUAUUGUUAAAAAAUUAAAACUAGUUGGUCCCGAACUUGAUAUUGGUACGCACUCACUGCGAGCUAGUGGAGCCACUAAUGUGGCAAACGCUUCGAGCGUUUCUGAAAGAUGUCUUAAGAUACAUGGGAGAUGGAAAACGGACAUAGCAAAAGACGGUUAUGUUCAAGAUUCUAUAGAUAAAAGAUUAUCAGUUACAAAAACCUUAAACUUGUAAUUUGUUACAAUUUGUGUAUUCGUUUGUACAACGGAUGAAAUUAUGUAUGACUAUGUAUGAAUUUGAAUUUGAUAUUUUAUCCACUAUACUUUGUAAUUGCUAUAUGCGUCUCUCGCAAAUCGCACAACAGUGUUGUUGUUUGUUUGUUUGAAACAUAGUUAGGACAUGAUCGACGUGUCACCAGAUACAUGUAAGCGUAACAGUUAACGCGAAAUGAUUUGUCAAAAAUGUCGAAGCUGAUGUGUAUUACUAGAGGUUUAUGAAACAACUCGGCCCUGAGCCGUGACAGUUUGUAUAUAAUAUAAUAAAGUGGGCCUCCAUUUAAUUUGUUCAUAUCAAUCCUGUUGGGUCUAACUCGCCAUGAAACGGAAGAUUUAUGAUUUGUAUAUAGUUGAAGGGCAAAAACAACUUGUUGUCUGAAAUUGAGCUUUUAUAUUUGAUUUGUAUAUUAUCAUAUUGCGGAAAUCUAUCAAGUUCGUUAAAAUCAGAACGCCGAUGUUUAAACAUGCUUAGCGUGGUGAAAAGAGUUUAUGAAGUCUUCUGCAUUGAACUAGUUGAUUUUCUUUCUCUGCAACUAAAAUGUCAUAAGCUUUGAUAUGUAAUAAGCGAGAUUAGAUAGUAAUCCCCUACGAGGUCUGUUUUAAUUAUUCAUUUGGGUACACAACUGUACACCUCAAAGCGAUUGCAUAUAUAGUUAAUAAGCGAAAUAACUUAAAACAGUUUUUCCCAGAAUUGUCAAGUUUGCAAUUUUACAUUUGAUGCUAUACUUAUUAUAUCCCAAACAUGUAAGAGUGAUCACAAUUGACCAUGCUGAUGUUGGCAAAUGUUUUAUAUUACUUUAUAAAGCAGACUUACAUAAAUAAUCGUGAUAUCUAAAACCACAGAGGGUGUAUGUGGUGUAUGUUUAAGGUGUAUGUGGUAUUUGAAUGUAUUUUCUUCACAUUAAAUCAUGCCCGAUUGGUAUCCUGGUUAUUCAAAUAUCUUUUAGCAAAAUGACUUACAUAUUUUUUGAAACUAAAAGGUUUGAUAUUUUGCAUUAAACAUAUUGUAGUGUGUAUUAAAUCAUGCCUUUACUAGUUAAACUGGUUGAAACCAGGAGACACAAAGUUUGCAUAUAUUAUAUAACCAAAUUAAUUCUGAAUAUUUUGCUUCUGUUACAAAAAAUAAAUAAAUGUGAUUGAUUU